AUGGUUCGUUCAGGAUCGUAAUACUAAAGAUAAUACUUUAAUUGUUGUUCCGGAAUCAAAUAAUCCACUUUUAUUUUCACAAAGCCUUGUUGCCAAGAAUUGGACUUGGUAUUUACCUCCUGAAAAAAUUAAUAAUGUUCCAUGUAAUGUGAUACCAAGAUCAAAUGGUAAAUAUGUUGUCGAAUUUGAAACACCACAAAGAGCCAUUGCACCCGGCCAGUUAUUUGGAAUGACAAUUGGUGUCUGGGAAGUGGUAUUAUUGAGUAUGCAUUUUAAGUAUUUAGGACGUGUUUAUAGCACACCUGAUCUUGAAUAUGAUUGGUUUGUGCCACAAAAAUAUCACAUGUCUAUUGAAUUUUGGUGGUAA